GCGUGGGAAAGUUCGACGGCGCAGACGCGAUUCCCUCAAACAGAGGAUUGCGGGCGGCUCGUUUGCGUUGUUAUGAAAUGCAAAUAAAGAGGCGUGGUUUUCACAAAAUGGGGAAAUUGGACUGACAGCCGUGCAGCUGAGGCCCAAUGCUUUCGCUGUUGUUCCUUUGAACACAGUAUCACUCACAGUUACAGAUGCACUGCAGUCUUUAUUACUAAUGUCAGCCGUCUCCUUUAAGAAGCGCGCUCGUUUAUUCAGUGCUGUGCGUUUGCUAUGAAAUGCAAUGAAGACAUGAAUCUUCAUAUGAGAAUCAAAUGAAGAAAUACAAACCGCUUGUAUUCAGAACGAACAUUUCAGCUCAAACGCGUGUUUAAGCACACGAGAUACACACAUCUGUGUUUGUGUGUGUUAUGGAUAUGAAAUCGCAGGAUUAUAACCGGACAUACUGUAUAAUGUUUGAAACACUGACGUGGCUGUAGGCGGCGCUCGCAGCUGUCAACAUCACCUGACGCCGUGACGUCACACGCAGCACCCAAAAUGGCGGAACAACAACACAGCAGAGGAGCGGACGAUGAAGACGAGGCGUACGAGAUGCUGGAUCUGACCGCACACGCUCGGACGCAGCAGUGGUGGAGCGCCGUGUUCGGGAGCAGCUCCGGCCCCAUCGCAGAGAAACACUCCGUGGCCACUCAGAUCAUGACGGGUGGAGCGGCGGGCUGGUGUGUGGGGUAUGUGUUCCAGCGCGUGGGGAAGAUCGCCGCUACAGCCGUCGGAGGAGGAUUUCUGCUGCUGCAGAUAGCCAAUCACAGCGGCUACGUCCAAGUCGACUGGAAGAAAGUGGAGAAAGACGUUAACAAAGCAAAGAGACGUCUGAAGAAAAACACCAACAAAGCCGCACCUGAGAUCAACACGUUUAUCGAGGAGGCCACUGAAUUUGUGAAGAAAAACAUUGUGGUUUCAAGUGGAUUUGUGGGUGGCUUCCUGCUUGGCCUGGCCUCUUGAGCUGAUGCUGUGAAGAGCGUCUUCCCAUCAUGCACCUGAAGAUAGGCUGGCCUGUACACCCAUUAACCAGUCAGUUCUUCACUCACGUAGUGUUUGAUGAUAUAGAGGAGAAAGUGAUCUUAUUCUUUACAGAACUGUGCUCUUUACACCGAGAGUCUGUCUAAAACACUGGGAUGCUUAUGCUUAUCACCUCUGAAAACAUUAUUAUUCUCUGCUAAUGCUUGUACAGGUUUUGUGUUCUUGGUGAAGUUACGGUUGUAUUUUCAUGUUUGGUAAAUCUUUGGGAUGUCAUGUGUUGUUUACUUUCCUCUUUACGGUCAGCCGGCAGAUUUAUGUUUGUUCACUCGCGGUUUCUUUAUGGGGAACGUUUACAUUGUAAAUAAAAAUCACUUCUGAUUCAACUUUUUGACAUCUUGACUUUAAGAUCAGCAGUAUUUUAUGAUGAAAUAUCACUGCAGUUAUUGUAAAGCGCAUUAAUUUGCUCCAGAUGUUGUAAUGUUCCUCCAGGCUUGUGGUGGAGCUGUAACCGGGGUCAGAGGGCACUGGAGGCCGAACUCACGGAGAAGUAAACAGAACAUGUGUUUAUCCAUUCAGUGCAUUUUACAAUUACUAAUAUUUAAAAAAGCAUUGUUUGCAGCCAUUGUUUUUAAAGCAGAAUGAGCAGUUCAGUCUUGUGUUAUCAGUAAUUGUAAUACUUCACUUGCAUUGGCCCUGUAUUUCUCUCUCUUCCUCAAUCAUUUUACUUUUCGCAUUUUGCGGUCUUUCAUCUCUCCUUUAUUAUUCAUGGUAUAAUGUUUUGAUGCUAUCUUCACGGCUGGCAUGCAAUCAUUCACAAUACAAACCUUUUCAUCUGAAGAAUACUGAAAGCUGAAUAUACAGAAUGUCAUCACAUAUUGUUGUAUUCAAUACAAAUAAUUUAAAGGGGUC